AUGAUGACACUGACAUCAACACAUUGCAUACUAUGGCAGAAUCUUUUUACCAAAGCGCAACAAAUUCGUCAACUCCAGAAGCCCAUCUGUGGCACAAUGCAGCCAGAAGACCCUGGCCGCCCGAUGACACAUGCCAAGUAUGUGAUGGGCAGUAAGUAUUGGAGAGUGUGA